GGACUAUUCCUUCCUACUAUAGCCAUGCCAUUUGCUUCUCAUAUAUCUAGUAGGGAAACAUAUAUUCCCAUGUAUUCAACAUCCUCCUUCCACCUUCUAUAGCCCACUCUAUAGCUGCCCUAGUCCCCUCAUCUUCAUGUCCUCUAUUUCCGCCUUCGUGACUCUUCCCCUCCUCACUCUCUUCUCCCUCCCUCUCGCCGUAUUCGCAUGCUUCACCACCUUCAUUUCCAUCGUAUUUCUUGUCCUCCGCUUCUCUGUCAUAUAUAUCGAACUAUGUCUUGCCAUAAUCACAAAUUAUUUUGUCAUCCCAACAGCCGCCAACACCUCCCUCCUCAACUUCUCCGCAUCUGAGCCCACCACUCCAGCAGCCUCCACGACACCCAAGCGUCGCUCCGUCGACCACAGCUUAAACAACGGGCUCCUUACUGCCCUCGCAACAUAUCGUCCAAGCCCCAAUGCUCCUCGCCGAACGAACAGUUUGACCACUACAGCCUCCACCUCCUCAACCCAAGACACCAGCACUGUUCCACUCUAUCGCAAAGAUGAACCCCCAAGAAACACACCCCCACGCCACUCCGCCCCCUCUGCCCUCCUAACCCUCAUCAGUGGCGACGAAGGCCGCGAUUUCGAAGGUCUAGGUGGCUGGCGCUGUGCAACCACAGCAGCAGCAGCAACAACAGCAACAACCACCACCACCGCCACAACAACAAGAUAUCCAGGCCAUCCUCUCCUCUCAGACACCGCCUCCCCCUCACCAAAUCUCACCAGUACCGACCACGACGAAAGAGCAUGGCUAUCCAUCAACGAGCGACUAGAACUUCCCUCUCAGCCACUUUUAUUCAUCCGAAACAACAGCAACAGCAGCAGCACCAACAGUGAACCCUUCGAAGCUCUCCCCUGGAGACAUCGACAAAUGGCUUCAACCAGCCCUCCCCCCGGAGGCAACAGUAGCAUCACCCGCCAUCACCAUCGCUCCGCAACCACCUCCUUACUAUCCACUAGCCUGUCCCCGAAAUCCUCACUGCCAGAUGCUCUAGAUCAUCCACAACGUAGGGCUAUCUCGCCACCACUAUCACAGCAACAACAGAACAGAAACACGCUCUUCUGCACCCCCUCACCUACCGAGAGGUUCCCAAGCGCAUCGAUCCCUCGAGUAUCGAGUCCGACUGAUGGAUCAGGGGGAUAUUUCUCCUUGCGACCCGGUAGCACAAGCAGCACGAGCGGGUCAACUACACCAGGUGAAGAGCGACGAUCACCUAGACCCUCGGCCAAGUCUAUGGUGCAUUACCCCGCUGGGGUGAGAUAUCGGAGGAGAAGUAUGUCGGGGCCGAAUAGUGGGGUGAAGUUGACCAGGGCGUCAUCAGGGACGGAGCGGGUGUUGUAGCUGAUCAUAUUGAUCGUGAUUAUGGUCAUGUACACGCUCGUUUGGUGGCGUUGUUUUUGUGGGAUGUCUG